GCCGGGCUCGCCGACGCCUCCCUCAUCCUACCCAGCAUCUCAUUUCGGCCACAAUUCUUUCCGGCGUGCCGCCGCCCUACUGCGCUUGCCUGCACAUUCCUCAUUCAGUCAUCCCGGGAGCUUUGGAGAAUUUGUUGCCAGGCCGUUUGCAUCACCACUACUUGGACUUGUCUUCUCCUACAUAGCCGCUAAGCUAGGUUCCUCUAAUUUGCCAGGAUAGAUAUCUGAACAUCAUCAUCAUCCUGCACACCAUACAGAUAUUAAGCGGAUCAACAGGGAACUAAGUCUUGAUCGGUCCUACAUCGGUGAUCAAAGAUGGGGUUCUUGUCGAUGCUCCUGGUGGCUUCCAUGCCCAUCAUCCAGGUGCUGCUCAUCGGCGUCAUCGGGGCGUUCCUCGCCUCCGGCUACAGCAAAGUCCUCACGGCCAGCGCCCGCAGGGACAUGAACAAGGUUGUCUUCACGGUCUUCACCCCUUCUCUGAUUUUCGCGAGCCUCGCCAAGACAGUCACGCUGUCGGACGUCAUCUCUUGGUGGUUCAUGCCAGUGAACAUAGCAAUCACAUUCCUCCUCGGCAGCGCUUUGGGAUGGAUAGCGUGCAAGAUCCUGAAGCCGCCGCCGCAUUUGCGAGGCCUGAUCAUCGCCUUCUGUUCAUCAGGAAAUCUCGGGAACCUGCUGCUGAUCGUUGUCCCGGCCGUCUGCGACGAAGAUGGCAACCCGUUUGGGAACGAUCGUAGCCAGUGCCGCUCCCGUGGGCUUUCCUACUCCUCACUAUCCAUGGCUCUUGGUGGGCUCUUCAUAUGGACGUACACCUACAGCCUGAUGCAGAAGUCCGGCAAGCUGUACCACAAGAUGCAGUCCAAGAGCAUCCAGUGCCCGGCCGACAGCGACGAGGAGCACCUGGAGCAAUUCAAGGAGCAUGCUGAGUCCGCCCACAACGACGAGGAAGCGGCUCUCCCGGCGUCAGCUGGACCUGACGAGCACGAUGACGGGAACCAUAUGGAGGCUCCGCUUCUGUCGUGUGAGAGCGAGGUCACCGACAAGGGCUUCUGGACGAAGCUCAAGGAGGCCGUGCACCAGCUCGCCGAGGAGCUCAUGGCGCCGCCGACCAUAUCUGCGAUAAUCGGAUUCGUCGUUGGCCUAGUUCCAUGGCUGAAAUCGCUGCUCAUCGGCGACGGUGCCCCUCUCAGAGUCGUCCAGGAUUCUCUCGAAUUGAUGGGCAACGGGACCAUACCUUGCAUCACCCUCAUCCUCGGCGGAAACCUGACGCAAGGGCUGCGGAAGUCGGUGCUGAAGCGCUCGGUGAUCGUGGCGAUCGUGUGCAUACGCUACGUGGCGCUGCCGGUGAUCGGAAUCGCCGUUGUCCACGCCGCGCGCGGCGUCGGGUUCCUGCCCCACGACCCGCUGUACCGGUACGUGCUGAUGAUGCAGUUCGCGCUGCCCCCCGCCAUGAACAUCGGGACCAUGGCGCAGCUCUUCGACGUGGGGCAGGAGGAGUGCUCCGUGAUCUUCCUCUGGACGUACCUCGUCGCCGCCGUCGCGCUCACCACCUGGUCCACCGUCUUCUUGUCCAUCCUCUCCUGAUUACCCAAGGCUGCAGGCGACGCGAGGCCGGCUGAGGCCUGAGGGUGAGACAUGUGAGCGCGAGCAAGGGUUUUUCGUGUGUACUGCAGCCUGCAGGCCGUGUCCGGGACAGUUUUGCAAACAUGGCACACGUCUGUACAAAGGAAAGGAUCAUACGAGUAUGUAGAGGAGAUACGUAUGCCCAUUCUUUAUGAAGGAACAUGAAAUUCUUUGUCAA